GAUGAAAUUGAGUCCUUAAAUUCGGUUGGGAAAAUUCAGUUAUUUCUUUGUGAAUUACACAUUUGUUGGUGGAUUUCAAUUACAGAAGAGGAAGCGGAAUAGUUGAGACACUCUCUUCACUUGUUCUGCCGAUCACCACAUUUAAAGAUGCGCGGGCUGAGUUGUAGAUUCUACCAGCAUAAAUUCCCAGAGGUUGAGGAUGUGGUCAUGGUUAACGUGCGGUCGAUCGCUGAGAUGGGAGCGUACGUUAGCCUGCUGGAGUACAACAACAUCGAAGGCAUGAUCCUUCUCAGCGAGCUGUCCCGAAGACGUAUCCGUUCCAUCAACAAACUCAUCAGAAUCGGCCGGAACGAAUGUGUGGUUGUCAUCCGUGUAGACAAGGAGAAAGGUUACAUUGACUUAUCUAAGAGGAGAGUAUCGCCUGAGGAGGCUGUCAAAUGUGAAGACAAGUUUACCAAGUCUAAAACUGUAUACAGCAUCCUGAGACAUGUGGCUGAGGUUCUGGAAUAUACCAAAGAUGAGCAGCUGGAGAGCCUGUUCCAACGCACUGCCUGGGUGUUUGAUGAGAAGUACAAGCGGCCGGGAUACGGAGCCUAUGAUGCUUUCAAACAGGCCGUGUCAGACCCGUCUAUUUUGGAUGGCUUGGACUUGACUGAGGAAGAGAGAGCUGUCUUGAUUGACAACAUCAACAGACGACUCACUCCACAAGCCGUCAAAAUCCGAGCAGAUAUUGAAGUGGCUUGCUAUGGCUAUGAGGGCAUUGAUGCUGUCAAAGAGGCCUUACGAGCUGGACUGAACUGCUCAACAGAGGCUAUGCCAAUCAAGAUCAAUCUGAUUGCUCCACCACGAUACGUUAUGACCACAACCACGCUGGAACGUACAGAGGGUCUGUCUAUGCUCAACCAGGCCAUGGCUGUCAUUAAGGAGAAGAUUGAGGAGAAAAGGGGAGUUUUCAAUGUCCAGAUGGAGCCAAAGGUGGUGACAGACACUGAUGAGACAGAGUUGGCUCGGCAGUUGGAGAGGCUGGAGAGGGAGAACGCUGAGGUGGAUGGUGAUGAUGAUGCUGAGGAGAUGGAGGCCAAGACGGAGGAUUAAGCCUGAAUGGAGGAGAAGAAAAAGAGAGGCAUAGUGACCAUGUGGAUCACUGCCUGACAAUAUUGGACCAUAACUAGUUUUUUUUUUGUUUUGUUUUUUUCUCCUUCUCCAUAUAAUCACACAAAUACCUACAAUGCCUCCUCGCAGCUGGUCUUUGUCACGGAGAAUGUGGAGGCUAUACCACUUACACCAGCAGAUGGCAAUGUCCAGAGAAUCACGUGCCCUGGGUGCUCAACACAAAUAAACAGGACUCAGUUAUCCACAAUGCUCUGAUGUGAUUCACCGAGUCAAGAGGAAGUGGAUGACAUUACUGUUUUGCUGAGACAUUUCUUAUAAAGUUGAAAUGUGGGAGUUGAUUAGUGUUGUUUGUGAAAUUUUUGAGUAUAAAGGCCAUGGGACAUAGAAUGAUACAUUGCAAACAAGUGUGUUUUAGUGGCCUUUCUCUGAUCCUCACUCCGAAUUGUUUGGAAGGUUCAGUUGGAGUUCUUUUCUGACCGUCCUCCUUAUUGUCUCUGAAACAGUGAUCUCUGGUCAGUUGUCUGGCCAAUAUUGGUUGAACUCACACAGAACUAAUAAAAUAUGGAGGUCU